AUGUCUUGGGUUCAUGCUUCACACUCUACAACGAUUCAUGAUUACCGUCGUCGAAUUGGAGGUGGCGCACCUCCAUCGGAAAACUCACACAUUCGAUUACGAUAUUAUCAGAAAAAGAUUCCAAAUUUUAGUGUUGCGCCUUUUGACCGACCUCCUCGCCUACCAAUAAAUAAACCCACUACCAAGCCAAAGAUCUGUAUCAUUGGUGCAGGAAUGUCAGGAUUAUUUUCUGCGUUACUCUUACAGAAAGCUGGUAUUCAACAAAUCACAAUUCUCGAAUGUCAGGAUCGUGUGGGUGGACGUGUGCAUACUCAGUAUUUUAGUGAAAAUAAGGAAGAAAAAUUAUAUGGUGAACUUGGAGCCAUGAGAUUACCAGUCGCUAGCGAGCAUCAAAUGGUGUUUGAUACCAUUGAUUAUUUGAAUGAACGCAUUCCUGAAGAUAACCGGAUCAAUCUUAUUGAUUUUAUCUUUUCAAAUGAAAAUGGCUUGUAUUUUUAUAAUGACGUCCGCGGGGAUGACGGUAAAAUUGAGAACAUGGCAUGGGCAAACGAUACUCAAAAUUUCAACAAGCUUGGGUUUCCAUCAACAGUUCACCCUGAUUACAAAUAUCUACUCUACGAUGCGAUGAGCGGUUUUUUUCGCGCUCUAGAUUUAGACUUUGAAUCGGGACUUGAAUCUCUCAUGAAAUUUGACCAACAUAGUGUUUACUCAUUUCUCAAAGAAGUUUACUUUCCUAACCUCAUUCCAAGCUUGUGUCAAAAGUUCGAUGUUGAUGAUACUAUUGCUGCGAUGGAAAUGACAGAAUCUGCAACAGGGUUGUUCAGACUCUCGUUUGUUGAAGCUGUGAUGGAUGCUUAUACAUUUUCGAAUGACUCACAAAAAUGGAAAACGAUUGAUUACGGAAUGCAACGAUUUCCUAACUCAUUCCCGCUUGCUUUCGAGCAUGAAAAGCAUCAUGGGAAUGUAGAAAUCAAGUAUAAAUGUAAAGUUUAUAAACUUGAAAGCGUGGAUGUAGAUGGGGUGUCAAAAGUACGUGUCCAUUGGGAAGAAAAUGGGAAUAAUACUAACCAUACUUUUGAUAGAGUUAUAAUCACUUGUCCAUUGGGUGUCGUUCGUCAUUGGGAUUUGCCUGGUUUGAAAAAUCUAGAAGAAUCACCAGAAAGGGACAGUUUUUAUAACAAAAAACGCGCGAUUCGAGAAUUGAAUUAUGAUAAUUCUGCAAAAAUCUUUCUGAAAUUUAGAUCUCGCUUUUGGGAGAAAUCUAAUAUUCGUGGAGGUAGUUCGACAACUGACCUCCCAAUUCGGACGGUCAUCUAUCCAUCUUAUUAUGACGGUAAAGACAUAGAAAAUCCCGCGAUCCUCCUCGGUUCUUAUACUUGGGCAAACGAUGCAGCAAAGUUUGCUCCACAUCUCCAAGAUAAUGUCAGACUUUGUCUUAAAGACCUUAAAAUUCUCCAUGGAGAUCAGAUCGAGGAUUUGUGGGACAAAGACCCGAAAUAUAAUAGAUCCAUUUAUUGGCCAAAUGAACCAACCACUGUUGGGGCUUUUGCGCUUUUUGGUCCGUCACAAUAUAGCGAUCUGAUGUAUCCGAUGAUAAAAUCAAUGUAUAAUAUACAUUGGGCCGGUGAACACACUGAUAUACAUCAUGCUUGGAUUGUUGGAGCUUUGAAUUCAGCUGUUAGAGUCGUUCAAGAAAUUUUGGUUCAUUCUGAUAUGGAAGAAGAAUGGGAAAAUCUGCUUAAGGAAAAUCCGUUGAAAAACUGGCAUGGACAUAUAGAGAACGAAAACGAAUCACCUUAA